AUGAAAAAAGUCAUACUUGCCCUGUUCUUGGUGCUUAAUCUGUUUGCGUUUUCGUUUUCUCGGAAACUUUUUUCCGAGAGUGGUGGCUCCCACGACGACGAAGCUGCUCUUCUGGAGUUGAAGAGUAGCUUCUCCGAUCCAAAUGGUGUCUUGUCCAGCUGGAAUCCAGACAGCUCCAACCACUGUUCUUGGUUCGGUGUCUCUUGCAACUCCGAUUCCAGAGUCGUCUCUUUGAUCCUCAGAGGCUGCGAUGAAGCUAGCCGUCUUCAUUUCUCUGCUUCAUCUCCCUGUUCGAGUAAACUCGGCGGUGAAAUCUCUCCGGCGGUUGGAGAUCUCUCCGAAAUUAGGGUUUUGUCUCUUCCCUUCAACGAUCUCGUAGGUCAAAUCCCGAAAAAGAUUCGUAAUUUGGAGAAAUUAGAAGUCCUCGAUCUUCAAGGUAACAGCUUUACCGGAGAAUUUAACCGAAUUAGGGUUUCGAAUCGAGGAUCCGACGAAAAACCGAACCUUUCGAUUCGGAGACUCUUGGCUAAAUUUAGAAAGUCGUUAAAGGUUGAUCCUUUCUCAAGCAAUGCUGCUAGGAAGCUCAUGAGUUUCAACGAAGAAGACGAAGAAGAAGAAGCGAGUCCAAGCGCAGACCAUUCUUCUCCCUCCGGUAAAACCAAAUUAUACCCGAUUGAGAUCGCUUCCAUCAUCUCAGCUUCAAUCAUCGUCUUCGUCCUCCUCGUCCUCGUCUUCUUCUUCGUCUACAGCCGGAAAUGGAAACGAAACUCGCAGAUUCAAGUCGCUGAGACUAAAGAGCUCAAAGUGUUCGUAGACAGUAGCGAUAGCAAUAGCAUUCCUCUGACUUACGAGAUCAUCGUUAGAGCCACUAACUACUUCAGCAACUCCAACUGCAUCGGCCACGGAGGUUUCGGUUCGACGUACAAAGCAGAAGUCACUCCGAACCAUGUCUACGCCGUGAAGAGACUCUCCGUUGGUAGGUUCCAAGGCGACCAACAGUUCCACGCUGAGAUCUCAGCUCUCGAAACCGUCAAGCAUCCGAAUCUAGUCGUCUUGAUCGGUUACCACGCGAGCGAGACGGAGAUGUUCCUCAUCUACAACUACUUAUCCGGGGGAAACCUAGAAGACUUCAUCAAAGAACGGUCCAAACCAGCUCUAGAGUGGAAGGUCUUGCACAAGAUCGCGCUCGACGUGGCGCGUGCUCUCGCUUAUCUCCACGAGCAGUGUUCUCCUAAAGUCUUGCAUCGAGACAUCAAGCCGAGCAACAUACUUUUAGACAGCAAGUACAACGCGUAUCUGUCGGAUUUCGGACUCUCUAAGCUCUUGGGGACGUCGCAGUCUCAUGUCACGACAGGUGUGGCGGGGACGUUUGGUUAUGUGGCUCCUGAAUACGCAAUGACUUGCCGUGUCUCGGAGAAAGCUGAUGUUUAUAGCUAUGGGAUUGUUGUCUUGGAGCUUAUAUCGGAUAAGAGGGCUUUGGAUCCGUCUUUCUCGUCGCAUGAGAAUGGGUUUAACAUUGUGUCUUGGGCUCAUAUGAUGUUGAGUCAAGGCAAAGCUAAAGAUGUUUUCACCAAUGGGUUGUGGGAGAGUGGUCCUCAAGAUGAUCUUAUUGAGGUUCUGCAUUUGGCUCUCAAGUGCACUGUGGAUAGCCUCUCGAUUAGGCCGACGAUGAAGCAGGCUGUGAAGCUGCUGAAACGAAUCCAGCCUUCUAGAUUGUGA